GUGCGAGACGGUCGGGAAGGGGCCGCACCGUGUGGCAUCGCGGCACGGCACUCGCGGGUAGUUGGAUCGCCAGACGCGCUAGACAGGCAAGGCAUCCUCGGCGCCAUGGCGGCCGUCACGAGAGCGGCCUACGAAGUGGCAGCCAAGAUGGCGGACGACCUCUGGAACUACUGCGAUCCACGAUCAUGCAACCUACCCCUCGCAACGAACCCGCUACACCUCGCCGCCAUCUUGGGGGUCUACUUGUACUUCGUGCUCUCGCUGGGCCCCAGGCUGAUGAAGAACAGGCCACCCUUUGAACUCAGGACGAUCAUGCUGGUGUACAACGGUGUGCAAGUGGUUUGGUGUGGUUACCUUUUCUACGAGUGUAUACGGUUGGCCUGGGGGUGGAAGUACAGCUACAUUUGCGAGCCACUGAGUAUGGAAAUGGAGCCGUACGACUUUGAGGUGGCCCGCACUGUGUGGCUGUAUUUCAUUCUCAAAAUCGUGGAUCUGUUGGAUACGGUGUUCAUGGUUUUGCGCAAGAACCACCGCCAAAUCUCGUUCCUGCACGUGUACCACCACUCGGGCAUGGUGUUUUGCAUAUGGAUGGGCACCAAGGCGUUCCCGGGCGGCCACCACACGUUCCUCGGGUUCAUCAACUGCUUCGUGCACUGCCUGCUGUACGGCUACUACUUCCUCAGCCUGUACAACCCCAAGAUCAAGGUGGCCUGGUGGAAGAAGUACAUCACCGUGGUGCAGAUUGUCCAGUUCGCCAUGAACGUGGCCCACGAGAGCCUGCCCCUGCUCAUGCCCAACUGUGAGGUCAACAAGGUCAUCAGCGGCGCCCUGGUCAUCCAGAACUUGUUCAUGUUCGUGCUCUUCACCGACUUCUACCUCAAGAACUACUCCGACAAGGCGAUAGCGAGGAAAACCGCGGCGGUCGCCAAGGAAUCGUGAAUCGGCAGUGCCUUAUUGGCUAACCCGGGUUUCCCAGCCUGUCCCUCCAAUGUGGCUAUGCCCACGAACCACGCAAACCGCGAGCAGCGAGCCACGCGCCUCCGGCCUGGGGCCUCGGGUCUCGGGCCGGGGCCGGGCCUGGGAGCGAUGCCCCACUCACACAUCGCACCUACUGUCUGGUAGGGGAAAUCACUACCGUCGUCGCCCUGACCUAACGAGGCAGUGAUAAAACGAUUAUUUCAGUAUCGGCAGGAAUUUAGAGUAAGUUAGUUUCCUUAAGUUACGCACAUGUACGAUUUAAAGGUAUAAAUAAAUAAAUUGACACUUUUGUUUUUAGAAAUACA